CAUUCAAUACAUAUCACUUCAUUUGGACUCGUGGACACCUUUUAGCGUUAUAACAAAUUCGUCAGUUGAAAUCGUGUACAUCUUUAGAAGAGGAUUCUCAAAACUCGCUUAUCUCCCCCCAUAGGCUACAUCUGGUUGGAUUGAGAAGACUUCCCGCAAUAAGCCAGCAUUUGAAAUAGCCUAGUUGACGAAAGGUUUUACUGACAAUUUCUUCUGGAACCUUCUGGAGGACAUUUCAUUUUCUAUUUUCCAGGAUUACUAUUACAAUACUGAAAUAACUAAAUUAGACAACAUGUACAGAAACUUUGGGAACUUAGGCAGAGGCAACCCGCCGUACUCAAACAGCAACUCUGGAUCGACCCCAUCAUCACUAGUCACCAGCACCAGCACCACUCAGGAACAGAAGUACUCUAUGGCAGGUAUCAGUCAGUUUGUCCCGAGCCUGAAUGCCAUCACUUCAAACCAAGAACUCCAGUGGAUGGUGCAGCCCUCACUUGGACCUCCACCUGGUCCCUCAAGUUCUCCACGACUCCCCUACUCAUCACAUUCAGGGCUCAGAGCACUGAACCCAUCACUACAUUUUCGACCAGGUGUCAUAAGAGCUGCUGCCAGUUCCGGAGGGUCAACAAGACGCAGGAACGAUGAACAUCUAUCCCCUGAGGAGUUAGAGAGACGCAAAAUACGGAGGGAACGCAACAAACAGGCAGCUGCCAAGUGUCGAAAUCGUCGUCGUGAGCUGACAGACACACUGCAAACCGAGACCGACCAACUGGAGGGUGAAAAGUCACGUCUGCAGAAGGAGGUAGCUGAACUGCAAAAGGAGAAAGAAAAACUUGAGUUGGUCCUAGAAGCCCACCGCCCCAUUUGCAAGGUCCAGGACUCGGACUCGGAUUCUGAUCCGAGUACAGAGCGACCGUCUUUAAAGGCCAUCAAGAUGGAACCUAGGGAUUUAGAGCUACCUGGGCCCUCUGCUAAAAGUAAACCAAAGGAGAAGCCAAAACCCAAAAUCUUGAUUCCUUCCAAGCCCUUGACCAGUUCUGCCUUCUCUGCCCACACUGAACCUGAAACCCUCCACACCCCGAUUCUGAUCUCUACUCCAUCUCUUACUCCUUUCACGGCUAGCCUGGUCUUUACCUACCCCUCUGGUUCUUUGGACACCAGCGCCUCAGUCUCAUCCCAGUCUCUUCCUGCCCUCGCAUCCUGUUCUCAACCUUCAUCCCAUAGGUCUCGAACCCCCCAACCCUGUAGUGUUGCCCAUAGGCGCAGCAGCAGCAGUGGGGACCAGUCAGACCACUCCCUGAACUCCCCAACCAUACUCACACUGUGAUUCCUGGUGCUGAAGACCACAGUGACAACAAUGAUGAUGACAACUCUUCCAACUGUGAUAAUGGUGAAGAUACAAGCUAAAUGCAUCUGAUUGAUUUCAUUUGCUCACAGUUCUUCCACACAGAAAUUCCACUAAAACACAUUAUAACAUUUUUGCAUAUGCAAUUGUGGUGUUACACUAUUUUAUGGCAUUAACAAUACUCGUAAUCUUUGACUUUUAUACUUAUUUAUCAAACCUGAAGAAAUCUAGUAUGCAAUUUUAUUGUACAUUUGAUUUCUGGACAGUCAUAACAUGGAGUAUUCAAUGGAAUUAUUGGAGUGCAAUUAUGAGACUUCAAGUGCUCUGAAAAUUCUCUGUUUGUUAAUGUUAAGCUGUAUUAAUAUCUAUGUCUUUCUGUAGCAACCUUUUAUUUUGAUAUUAUUGUUCAAAAAGUGUUUUGUGGCUACACAGUAAUACAUUUCAACUCCUUUGGUUACAACAGAAGUGGAAUAAGGGCUAACUCAUUAUUUAAUUACUUGUUAACUGUUAUCAUAUGGUUAUUGCUAUAAUGCAAUGCUUUUGUCCCACAUUGUUAUUUAAGCAAGACUAGGUUAUUGAUGAAUUGAAAGACAUCUAAGGCUGGACCAUAGGAGUAAAGAUAUAUUCUAUAAAAAUGUAUUUAUUGUUGAGAGUAUAGUAUAUUUUGAUUAUUUGUGUAAGUGGGUUUAGUUGGCAGUGCCUUGGUUUUGAUGUGAUUAUUCAAAACUGUGCUAUAACUCAGAAACAAUAAACUUUACUUAAGUUAAAAUGUAA